AUGCUAGAGACACUGGCCUUGCAAAGGGAUAGUCAAUAUCCACCCAAAUUCAUUGCUGACGGUCUCUGUGAAGUGUUCUCACCAUUCUGGGCUGAUCUCCUGCACACCAACAUUUUCCGCUACAUUUCCUCUGACAUCUUACACCAAAUCCAUCAGGGUGUAUUCAAAGACCAUCUCCUUAAAUGGUGCACAAACCUGGUUAACAAAAAUCCCAACACCAACCUUGACAAGCAGUUUGAGGCAAUACCGCCAUAUGCAGGGUUGCAACACUUCAAGAGUGGCAUAAGUGGGAUCAAGCAGUGGACCAUGGGUGAACACAAGCAGGUGCAAUGUGUGUUUGUGGCUGCACUUGCUGGUUCAGUUGAGUCACACACUCUCACAGCCGCGCACGCACUUCUCAACUUCAUAUAUCUCACUCAGUACUACUCACACACGACGGAGUUGCUUGCUGCCAUGCAAGAUGCACUCCACUGCUUCUAUAAGGACAAAGAUGUUUUCACUGAAUGGAAUGGCAACUUCAAUAUCCCAAAGCUGCAUUCACUCCUUCACUAUCUCAAGAUCAUACUCCUCCUUGGAUCCCUCAAUGGCCUCAACACCAAGAACACAGAACAUCUCCACAUUGACUUUACAAAGUGA